ACACAUUUCGACUAUAGUUCCAGAUAUCUGUAAUUACAGACGUUUUAAUGCCGACAUGUCAGUAGCCACUUCUGGAGUGUUUAAACGGUAGAUAUAUUUAUUUUGGGUUGAUUGUAUAGGGUUCCUGGCCGCCGUGUGCCUCAGUGUGAUGCACAGGAAUUCAGACAACAACUUAUGUCCCGAACUGAGGCUUUGGUGUACUAAAAGAGCCGACUGGGACUGUUCUUCUGCCAAUUGUACCCUCCUGUUUACCACAAGUUGACAACUCCGGGCGGAAGCAACGACCUAGUUUGAUGUCAGACACCCGUGAAGAACAUCUUCUCCCUGAGCAGCGAGAGUAGACCUCAAGGAUGGCGCAGGAUGAGCCUCAGCCCCCCUAUUUUAAAGAGGACGAGGAGGAGCCUCCACAAAUAAAGGUUGGAAUUAAAAGGGAAGAGGAGGAGCCUCCACAAAUAAAGAUGGAAGAGGAGGAACAGCAGUACCCCCACAUUAAAAGGGAAGAAGAGGAGCCUCCACAAAUAACGGUGCGAGAGAAGGAACCUCCACCAAUUAAGGUGGAAGAGGAGGAGCUGCAGUGCUCCCACAUUAAAAGGGAAGAGGAGGAGCCUCCACAAAUAAAGAUGGAAGAGGAGGAACAGCAGUACCCCCACAUUAAAAGGGAAGAGGAGGAGCCUCCACAAAUAAAGGUGGAAGAAAAAGAGCCGCAGUACCCCCACAUUAAAUUGGAAGAGGAGGAUCCUCCACAAAUAAUGAUGGAAGAGGAGCUGCGGUACCCCCACAUUAAAGGGGAAAAGGAGGAGCCUAAGCAACCCCACAUUAAAGAGGAGGAGCCACAUGCCUCUUACAUGAAGGAAGAAAAAGAAUCCCAGCUCCCCCUCACACUACAGAGAAGGAGGAGUCACAGUCGGCCACAUAUUAAAGUAGAAGAGGAGGAACAGAGCAUCAGUCAGGAGGGAGAGCAUGUUGAAGGACUGGAGGAGGAUGAUGUCAUCAAGAUGCCAUUGACUGCUGUGAUUGUGAAGAGUGAAAGUGAGGAGGAGCCUCCAAGCAGCAGCUCAACACAACACAUGACAACAGAAGCUGAUGGAGACCACUGUGACAAGCUCGUAGCUCCACUCUCUGAUAGCGACGACACGACGUCCCACUCCCCUGACACUGACGAUGAAGACUCCGAAGGUGAUGCAAUAUGUCACACUGACAACACCCUCUUCACAUGCUCUCACUGCGGCAAAACCUUUAAUCGCCGUGGUAACCUAAAAGUACACGUGAGAAUACACACCGGGGAAAAACCUUUUCCCUGUCCAACCUGCGGUAAAGAUUUCACCCGGAGGUACCAUUUGAAAAGACACAUGACAACACACACCGGGGAGAAACCUUUUCCCUGCUCCGAAUGCGGUAAAGGAUUUGCGCUUAAAAGUAUGCUGAAAGGACACAUGACAACACACACCGGGGAAAAACCCUUUUCUUGUUCGACGUGCUUUAAAGAGUUUUCCCGGCGGUACUAUUUGAAACUGCACAUGACGACCCACACUGGAGAAAAACCUUAUAGCUGCUCGGAAUGCGGUCAAGAUUUUGCACGAAAACACUGGUUGAAAGAACACAUGAGAGUACACACUGAAGAAAACACGUUUUCUUGUUCAAUCUGCGGGGAGGAUUUUACCGAAAGGCAACAAUUGAAAACGCACAUGAGAGUUCACAUUGGAGAUAAACCGCUUUUCUGCUCAGUAUGUGGGGAAGGUUUCACACUAAUUAGCGAAUUGAAAACACACAUGAAAAUGCACACUGUAGAAAAAACUAUUUCUUGUUCAAUUUGUGGUAAAGGUUUCACACGGACGAGCGGGUUGAAAAUACACAUGAGAAUGCACAGUGGAGAAAAACCUUUUACCUGUUUAAUCUGUCGUGAGGGUUUUGUACAGAGUCAAUAUUUGAUAGCACACAUGAGAACACACUGGUGACAAAACAUAGCCCACUGUGAACCGCAACAAAUGUUUUUGUGUACAAAGAAACGUUGUAGUAAACAUGACAACACACACUGGUGAAAAAAGUGUCGAGUUGCAGAGUGUGUGAUUAAAAGAUUCUCUUAUACAAAACCAGUGAAGUUGGCACGUUGUGUAAGUCUUAAAUAAAAACAGAAUACAAUGAUUUGCAAAUCCUUUUCAACUUAUGCUCAAUUGAAUAGACUGCAAAGACAAGAUAUUUAACAUUCGAACUGAGAAACUUUUUUUUUUGUGCAAAUAAUCAUUAACUUAGAAUUUAAUGGCAGCAAGACAUUGCAAAAAAGUUGGCACAGGGGCAUUUUUACCACUGUGUUACAUGGCCUUUCCUUUUAACAACACUCAGUAAAUGUUUGGGAACUGAGGAGACACAUUUUUGAAGCUUUUCAGGUGGAAUUCUUUCCCAUUCUUGCUUGAUAUACAGCUUAAGUUGUUCAACAGUCCGGG